AUGCAGAAGAACGCACAGCUCAGCCCCAUGCGCCUUAUUGGCCCCAUACUGGAGCUACAUCUUCCAGACCUUCGGAAUGCGACUGCACAGACGACGUGCACCUUACAUUCUCAGGGCGUCCUGAACACUCAGCAUCUGCAAAGCUUCACUGAUGCCAAUCGACCGCGUUACGCAAUACUCUCGCACACUUGGGAGGAUGAUGAGGUCACCUUCCAAGACAUGCGAAGUACAGAUAUCAGCCAGGCAAGAACCAGGCAGGGCUAUCAAAAGAUCGCCGCAACAUGUUCUAAGGCGACCGACGAAGGUCUACAAUGGGCUUGGGUAGACACAUGUUGCAUCGAUAAGAGUAAUAGUGCCGAGCUUAGCGAAGCCAUCAACUCAAUGUUUCGAUGGUACAACGAAGCAGAGAUGUGUUAUGCAUAUCUUUCGGAUGUGUAUAGGAACCCCCCCGAACAGCCUGGGUACAUUGACGAAUCGUCGUUCCUUGCAGCGACGUCAAAGCCACGAUGGUUCUCACGAGGAUGGACUUUGCAAGAAAUGAUUGCACCCGCGACCGUCCAGUUUUACAAUCUCGAUUGGCAAUACAUCACUUCGCGGCACCAAGCUGGUCGAUGUCUCACUCUUCUCACAGGUGUCGAUGAAGCCAUACUUCAAUGGUCGUCACCCUUAAACUCGCGUGCCAUCCAUGGAGAGAAGGCCAUCAGCACAGCCACCACAAAAGCGCAGCUGCGGGCAUCGCUCGAUAGCUUCAGUGCUGCCCAGCGUCUCUCAUGGGCUGCUUCUCGGAGUACCACACGUGUUGAGGACAGAGCUUAUUCGCUCCUAGGCAUCUUCGAUAUCAACCUGCCCUUGAUCUAUGGCGAAGGCGAAAGAGCUUUUGUUAGAAUCCAAGAAGAGAUCUUGAGGGUAUACGGUGAUGACAGUAUCCUUGCGUGGGACUAUUCGCCAGAUAGAAGACUUGCUGCUGAUAACGUCCCGACUGACGAUCCUGGUUGGCUUUUCGCACCCUCUCCCGAGUAUUUCCAAUGGGCACACAACAUUACAAGAUGCGACUGGGGCAGCCAGCAAAAUUCUGACUCGCUUCAAAUGACACCUAAAGGCCUCAGAACGGACUUUGUUGUGGUUCGAUCUACUGCAUCAGAAGCAGACGUGCUCCUCAACUGCAGCAGAGGGAACAAUUUGAGCCCGCUUUGUCUCCACAUUGUGCAGGAAGGCGCACAGUGGUUCGUCGCCACCAAGCAUGUUGCAGGAUCGAUGAUGCGGCUAGAUCACACCACGUUGCAUGAGCUACGUGAAUCUGCUCGUCGCAAGUUACGGAGACCCGCGAUAAGUACGGCUACAAGUGUCGUGGACUUGAUCAAAUCGCCCCUGACACCCUCGUAUGGCCGCAAGUCGUGCGUGCUAGCCAGCUCCAGACCACAGUACCUAGCAGUCAACAGCAACUCCAUACGGGUCCACGUCAGCCAUCCUGGUUUCACCGUCACCUAUGCGAAUGUAGGCUUCGGCGAGCCUCGAAGGACAGGGAGCAUGGACGACUGGUCAAUAGACGCCACAAUUCCACCCGUGCCUAUCGCGGCGUUGCGUCUUACAGUCCAUAGUCAUCAUACCAGGGGACCCUGCGCACCCAACAGCGCCUACGAUGUUGUCUUCGGGCAUCGACACACUAGCACCUCCGCACCUGGCGACUCGUCUAUUCUAGAAGGUCAAGGCACGCGGCUUGCGGUGACUGUGAUGCAUGCCAGCCCUACCAGCAGCCUUGAUGAGAUCGUGUCUACUGUUGCAGUCAAAGGCAUCGCAGACCAAUCUGCGGCUUGCGUCAAGGCACAUUCGAACUGGUUCCGCCAAUCGGCCUCGCCAGGAAACAUCACAGCCAGUGUCUCCAGCACGGGCACCGAUCAAUCGUGCUGGUUUGUGGAUGUGCGGCUCAGGGAGAAACCUGCGGCCUACGCGUGGCUUUAUGUUGCCGGUAUCAUUGCAGGGCUUGUUGCUUCCUUGGUCGUCGCGCUGGUCUUGGCCCUCUACUUUGCGCUAAACCAGAGACGACCAUUUUCGUACGCUAGUUGA